AUGAAAUCAGGCAGCUCUUGGUUGAAUGCUGUGCAAAUCAAUCCACUUGAUUUUGCUGAAAUUGAUUACUUAGAUCCAGCCUUAAAAGAUGGACAUAAAGUCUUAUAUGAUCGCAUUUUAAACAUUAAUAUUCGAUUCUAAGAUCGAUUCUCAGAAGUCUAGGAACUUAGUUAACCAGAACCUAUUCGUCUGAGAGUCUUACAAUUAGUAAGAAUAUUAUUUUAUUAAGGGGAACUGAUAGUAAUCCACAAUCAAUAAAGAUUGAAAUAAGUUCAGAGAAGGAUCUGUUCUUUUUGUUUCAUCAUGAAGCAACAGUAAAUGGUUUUACUUAAAUAAAAGCAUUAUAAAAUUUGUAAAUGCCAUUUAAGGAUUAUGCUUAAAUAGCCAUAGCUACUUUAAAUAAAGUUGAAUAAAAUUAUAAUGGGUAUUAUGAUAGAUAUAAUUAUUAGAUAUGGAGCAAUAUUUUAAGUGAUGUUGGAUGGUUCAGCAAGAUUAGAAAUCAAUUAGACAACAGAAUUUAGAAGUGUACCUAUGAUUCACUUUGACUUUCAUUAAGUUGAGGAAUCUUUUUUAAGAUAAACAAUUGUGUUUAAAUACAAUUAAUAACGAAAAGAAAUAAAGUAUUUAACUCAAUCUCUAAAUGAAUGUAGAAUGAGAGCAACAGGAACUUUUAAAUGAUUAGAUAUUUAUAUAUAAAUUGGC